GGCCUUGCAGGCUUUCCCCUGUGUCCUGCACUUCCUGCUGGCUGCGCCUUUUGAAUCCGGGUCGCCGGUGCGCGGUUGGGUCUCUGCAGCACGACUGCUACCGGCACCGUCCGUGACAGCCCGUCCUGACUCAGCCGAGGGCCAGGCUCUGCUCUUGGCCUGGGGGAGCCCGGCCGCCCGCAGCUGGCGCGCCUCCUCCACCUGCCGGCUCGCAUCCCCGAACCACCUGCUGGGCUCGGCCAGUGGACACCGAUGCUAGGGGACUCCGCGGGCCCGGGGCGGUGGCGGCCGAGUGCGGGCCUCGGGCGCCCCAGCCUCGCCGCUCCUGCCCGGGCGUAGAUGGAGCCUCCUGCCCGAUAGAUGUGGCUGCUUAGGCGGUGGUGGCGGUGGCCAGUCCAGCUCUCUUCGGGCCUGUCUCGGGGCUUCCGCCGCUCGCGGCUUCUCUUCACCUCGACUCUGGUCUUGCCCGGUGGCUACCAUGGACAAGAUCCUGGAGGGCCUGGUGAGCUCCUCGCACCCACUGCCCCUCAAGAGGGUGAUUGUGCGCAAGGUGGUGGAGUCGGCCGAGCACUGGCUGGACCAGGAGCAGUGCGAGGCCAUGUUUGACCUGACCACUCGGCUCAUCCUGGAGGGCCAGGAUCCCUUCCAGCGGCAGGUGGGGCACCAGGUGCUCGAGGCCUACGCGCGCUACCACCGGCCGGAGUUCGAGGCUUUCUUCAACAAGACCUUCGUGCUGGGCCUCCUUCAGCAGGGCUACCACUCGCUGGACAGGAAGGACGUGGCCAUCCUGGACUACAUUCACAACGGCCUGAAGCUGAUCAUGAGCUGCCCGUCGGUGCUAGACCUCUUCAGCCUGCUGCAGGUAGAGGUGUUGCGGAUGGUCUGCGAGAGGCCGGAGCCGCCGCUCUGCGCCCGGCUGAGUGACCUUCUGACCGACUUUGUGCAGUGCAUCCCCAAAGGGAAGCUGUCCGUCACGUUCUGUCAGCAGCUGGUUCGCACCAUAGGCCACUUCCAGUGCGCGUCUAGCCAGGAAAAGGAGCUACGGGAGUAUGUCUCCCAGGUGACCAAAGUUAGCAACUUGCUGCAGAACAUCUGGAAGGCUGAGCCCUCCACACUGCUGCCUUCACUGCAAGAAAUUUUUGCAAGCAUUUCUUCCACAGAGGCAUCAUUUGAGCCUUCUGUGGCGCUGGCAAGUCUCGUGCAGCACAUUCCUCUGCAGAUGAUCACUGUUCUCAUCAGGAGUCUGACUGCGGAUCCAAACGUGAAGGAUGCCAGCAUGACCCGAGCUCUUUGCAGAAUGAUUGACUGGCUAUCCUGGCCAUUGGCUCAACAUGUGGAUACGUGGGUAAUAGCACUCCUGAAAGGACUGGCAGCUGUUCAGAAGUUUACCAUUUUGAUAGAUGUCACUUUACUGAAAAUAGAACUGGUUUUUAAUCGACUUUGGUUUCCUCUUGUGAGACCUGGUGCUCUUGCAGUUCUUUCUCACAUGCUGCUUAGUUUUCAGCAUUCUCCAGAGGCGUUUCACUUGGUUGUUCCUCAUGUGGUUAAUUUAGUUCACUCUUUCAAAAGUAAUGGCCUGCCUUCUAGUACAGCCUUCUUAUUACAGUUAACUGAAUUAAUACAUUGUAUGAUGUAUCAUUAUUCUGGAUUUCCAGAUCUCUAUGAACCUAUUCUGGAGGCCAUAAAGGAAUUUCCUAAGCCCAGUGAAGAAAAGAUUAAGUUGAUUCUCAAUCAAAGUGCUUGGACUUCUCAAUCCAAUUCUCUGGCAUCUUGCUUGUCUAGACUUUCUGGAAAAUCUGAAACUGGAAAGACUGGUCUUAUUAACUUAGGAAACACUUGCUAUAUGAAUAGUGUUAUACAAGCAUUGUUUAUGGCCACAGAUUUCAGGAGACAAGUGUUAUCUUUAAAUCUAAAUGGGUGUAAUUCACUAAUGAAAAAAUUACAGCAUCUUUUUGCGUUUUUGGCUCAUACACAGAGGGAAGCAUAUGCACCUCGCAUAUUCUUUGAGGCUUCCAGACCUCCGUGGUUUACUCCCAGGUCACAGCAAGACUGUUCUGAAUACCUCAGGUUUCUGCUAGACAGGCUCCAUGAAGAGGAAAAGAUACUGAAAGUUCAGUCUUUGCACAAGUCUUCUGAAAGCCCCGGGUGCAGUGAAAUAUCUCUGCAGGAAGUAGUCAGUAAAGCAGCUGCACUAACAGAAACCCCCUGCACAAGUGAUAGUGAUAAGACUUUAAUAGAAAAAAUGUUUGGAGGAAAGCUACAAACUCACAUUCGUUGUUUGAACUGCAGGAGUACUUCACAAAAAGUGGAAGCCUUUACAGAUCUUUCCCUUGCCUUUUGUCCUUCCUCUGCUGUGGAGAACUUGUCUUUCCAAGACCCAGCAUCAUCACCCAACAUGCAUGAUGAUGGCCUGCUCCAAACCAUUGUUUCUGGUCCUUCAAAGGAAUCAGUGGUGUAUAAUCCAGCAACAGCUGCCUUUGUCCAUGAUACAGUUGUGGAUGAAAGAACAAUACACAGUCUUCCUGAUGAGUUUCACUGUGCUGACAGCACUUCUGUACCUAAUGAAUCUAACAGGAUUCUUGCUAAUAAAGAUGUACCUCAAAAAUCAGGAGGUGAAAUUACACCUUCAGUGACUGACUUACUAAAUUAUUUUUUGGCUCCAGAGAUUCUUACUGAUGACAACCAAUAUUAUUGUGAAAACUGUGCCUCUCUGCAGAAUGCUGAGAAAACUAUGCAAAUCACGGAGGAACCUGAAUACCUUAUUCUUACUCUCCUGAGAUUUUCAUAUGAUCAGAAGUAUCACGUGAGAAGAAAAAUUUUAGACAAUGUGUCACUGCCACUGGUUUUGGAGUUGCCAGUUAAAAGAACUACUUCUUUCUCUUCAUUGUCAGAAAGUUGGUCUGUAGAUGGUGACUUCACUGAUAUUGGUGAGAACCUAGCUAAGAAAUUAAAGCCUUCUGGAACUGAAGAGACUUGCUGCCCCAAAUUGGUGCCCUAUCUGUUAAGCUCUGUUGUUGUUCACUCUGGUGUGUCCUCUGAAAGUGGGCAUUACUAUUCUUAUGCCAGAAACAUCACAAGUACAGAGCCCUCCUACCAGAUGUGCCACCAGUCUGAAACUCUGGCUUUAGCCUCCUCCCAGAAUCAUUUACUAGGGAGAGAGAGUCCCAGUGCAAUCUUUGAACAGGAUUUAGAAAGUAAAGAAAUGUCAAAGGAAUGGUUUUUAUUUAAUGACAGCAGAGUGACAUUUACUUCAUUUCAGUCGGUCCAAAAAAUCACAAGUAGGUUUCCAAAGGACACAGCAUAUGUACUUUUGUAUAAAAAACAGAAUAGCACUAAUAGUUUAAGUGGUAGUAAUCCAGCCAGUGGACUCGGGGUAAAUGGAGACCCACCUCUACAGAAGGAACUUAUGGAUGCUAUAACAAAAGACAAUAAACUAUAUUUGCAGGAACAAGAGUUGAAUGCUCGAGCACGGGCCCUACAAGCUGCAUCUGCCUCCUGUUCUUUUCGGCCCAAUGGAUUUGAUGACAAUGACCCCCCAGGGAGCUGUGGACCCACUGGUGGAGGGGGUGGAGGAGGAUUUAAUACAGUGGGCAGACUCGUAUUUUGAUGCUGAGAGAGUCCAAAAUGCAUUGAUCACAAAAUAUCCAAUACUAUGACUGUUAAAAUGUCAUACUGUAACAAAUAUCAUAUCUUUAUUUUUUCUUUUCAUUAGACCCUUAUACUUUAAGAAAACACACUCAGUGCUUGUUUUUAUUUUCUUAAUACAUUUAUCAACAAAGUGCAUCAUGGGAAAAAAAUCUACCUCUUAAAAUUCCAUUUGCUUCUAUGGUUAGAUAUGCUUGACCAAAAAUUGUUUGGAGUAAAAUAUGUACCUAGUCUAAUUAAGCUGCAUUAAAUCUGCUAGAAGCAUUUUAAAUGGUCUACCCUCAGUUUUACUGAACAAAAUAUGUAAUUGAUCUAGCAUUCUUUAUUAAAAAAAAAAAUGAUAGUAGAGGUAA